UUGGAAUCACAAGAAAAACCAAUAGCCAAAAUUGUAGAAACCUCCCUAACCUAGUUACUUAAAACUAUCACCGCUGGUACUGGACACAGUGCAGCUAAUUGUCCACAAAUGACGACAACUUUAGUGAUUAAGAAUUCGACUGAUGGUGCAGCAAAGCUGUCCUCACAUAUGGAUUGGGCAGGGUUUAAACCAGCCCCGCGCAAGAUUCCGGUUGGAUCGGACCAAAUGUUUCUGCACGUUGCUGACAAUCGAGGUUCAAGAGGAGCUGUUGUGUAUGAAGUCAAGGAUGGGUAUCGGUGGCUUCUUGCCUGGGCCAACCAGCCGUCUGUCGACAACCAGGUCUAUACUAAGAUUCUUAAAAUCGGCGAGAAAAUUAAUUGGGAUAACAUCAGUAGCCAACUUGACCAAGGUACCUUCACCAGUAAUCACUCUACCGCUGGAUUCACCUCAACUGUUACGAUUGAUCUAACCGCUGGUUCGCCAACACUUAGGGCAGAACUCAAUUAUGAUCGUCCGUCCUAAGUAAGCUGGCUUUGCUCGAUGCAUUUGCAUGCGAGCAAACUGUGGUCGGAAGGCUGUCAAAAAUAAUAAUGUGCUAUGUGCACAACUAGUAAUCUAUUACUACUAUCAAAAUAAAUAAAUUUGACAGCAAGCUUCUUAUGCGUGCUUAGUGUGCUUAGUGUGUGUAAUGUACUACUGUGAAAUAUUUCAGAUUAUCCCCAGAAUUAAGAAAGGCCUUGAAGCUCAUGCCUCAUGCCAUGCGCUUAUAUACCUAGCUGUCUGUAAUAUUUCAUCAUAAUAUAUAACGAAUAAU